UAUGUAUUGAGUCACCAGAUAUUGAUUUAUUUUAGAUUAUAGAUAGUGACCAGUAUGUUCAGGGUGAAUGUAUUACCAAUUAUGUACUGUAUGUUUUGACAAGUACUCAAUAGGUCCGACGUCCUUCUUAUAUACCGUCUAUGGACGGCCCCUACACAUUGACAUAUAAAAGCCCCUACAGGACCCGCUUAUUUUCUGAACUUCAGACUCCAUUGUGGAUAAAUGCAUCGUUACUUUAUGUUGUCUUGCAACCUGAAGAAGGCAAUGUUGAUGUCGAAACGCAUCGUUGUAAAGUUUCGAAAUAAAUUCUUGACAACAUAACCAUCACGUUUCAAGGACUUUUUAGUCACCUUUCAUAUUACAAAGUUUAGUUUAGUUUUAGUUUAAGUUUGUUUUCUUUCCACACCAACAGCGGGGCCUAGUAAGAUGGAAGACGACUACGAGGACGGUUCAGACUGGCAAACGGUGAAGUACCGACGAGCAGGUUAAUCAACCGUGAGUUUGACAACGCUCGUAACCGCCAUUGGCCCUCCUAUGAACGCCCUAACACACACCUGUCGUACCUGUCGAUGAUAACCGGGUGGUGGAGCUCCAGGAGAGAGCGAGAGAUGCCGCACCGCAGCCACGGCCUACACAGGAAGUGACGUCACCCUCCUCCUCCCGCCCAGGACUGGAACCAGAUCGACACAGCUGGGGAGGAUGUUCCCCCAGCGCCUGCGGAACAACUACCACAAUGCCAGCCCAGAGCACAGCGGGACGACAUGAGACCGACACCUACUUCUGGACCACAAGAAGUCACAGUGGAAGUACAUCGGACCUCUUCGGACCAGGGGCAGCAGACGGAGCCGGUGGGAGACGAGCUGGGAGAGCCAGCACCACCCUCAACCUACCCUCCUCCCCCCUCCUUCCCCUCCUUCCCCUCUCUUCUCUCUCCUCUUUCCUCUUCUCCUCUUCUUCUCCCCCCUUUAACCCCUCCCCCUUUUAACCCAUCCCCUGACACCCCACUCUUCUGUCCCAAUCCCCCUUCCUCUUCCUCCCACAUCCCUUCUUGUCUCCCCAGGUUCCAGGUUCCGGCCGGCCCUGCUGUGACUCCUGGCAUCCUCAAGGGAGGACCGACUACCCCCGUGCCUCUUGCGAUCACAAUAUCUGACAUAGAGACCCUUGAGAGGAAUGCCUUAAAUCGGCCGGCCACUACACCUACGUCUCUCGCAAUCACAAUCUCUGAUGUGGAGACCCCGGAGAAGAAAUCCUUAAACCGAACCAAGGAGGUAAUUGUUACAGAGGGCGUCACACCACAUCACAGACUGGUUCCUCUCAACGCAUCACGAGUUCAAAGCAAUUUACCUUUUGCUACACCUACACAACAACCUGUAGAGUUUACACCUCACAGACAUUUUCCUGUAAACAAUAAAUGACUGACUGGUCUCUAGUAGCAAACAAAAAGUGGUUAAAUAUGGGGGACUCAAAUCUAUCCAGGUUUCCGGCGUACAAUGAACCAAACAUUCAGAUUGAGAGUUUUCCAGGAGCUACGUUUAAACAUGCUGAGGCCAUAUUGGCACGCACUGCUGUUUAACAGGAAGUUGAAAGCUAUUUAGAGGUGUGUAGUCCAGGUGCCAGAAAGUAGAAAUCCUGUCCAGCAGCUGUCCCAACCAUCACUAAACCAGCUCCUCUA